UCUGUAUCUAUAUAAAUCAGUCCUAUCCUUCCUUCCAAGUGCGCAGCAAAUUUAGAGAGAAUAAAUUCUCUGUCAUGGCUCUUCUCCACUCCUCACUCUGCUCUUGUUGUGCCUUUUUUCUUCUGGCUUUUACUUUUCUCCAGGCGCCGCGAGUCUAUGGAAGGGAGACGGAAAAUCGAUACGUGGUUGGUGUUCGCUCUUUGCUGCCGAGCUCAGUUUGCUCCUCACCGAGAGAUUCAAACCCGUCCAUGAUGAGAGUAGUGCACCGGCACGGCCCAUGCUCGCCGCUGAGCCCCAGCCGGAAGCCAGCCGACGUCAAACUCCUAAACCAGGACCAAGAUCGAGUCAACUGGCUCCAACGCCAGAUCUCCAUCGCCUCCAACGGCACUCGUGCCUCGCUCGCCGCAACUAUCCCCGCCAACUCCGGCGGCUCGAUCGGGACCGGCAAUUACGUCGUCAAAGUCGGUUUCGGCACCCCUAAGAACGACUUCACGGUGAUCUUCGACACCGGCAGCGACAUCACAUGGAUCCAGUGCAAGCCGUGCAGUGGUCGUAACUGCUACCCCCAACAGGAUCCACUCUUCGACCCAUCUCAAUCCUCCACCUAUUCCAAAUCCCAGUUGAAGGGCUUCUUCGGCAGCGACACCCUCACACUGACGCCCUCCGACGUGCUGCCGAAUUUCUUGUUCGGCUGCGGCGAUCAGAGCAAGGGGCUCUUCGGUAGGGCUGCCGGUCUGCUCGGUUUAGGGCGUAGACCAGUAUCGCUAGUAUCGCAGUCGUCGCCGAAGUAUGGCGGUGUCUUCUCUUACUGCAUUCCAUCCACAUCGAGCAAGCCAGGCUAUCUGACACUAGGCAGUCGUCGACUGUCGAACGUCCAGUUCACGCCGUUGCGGACAUUCUCCAAUUUGCCUUCAUUCUACUUCCUUGAUCUCGUGGCAAUCAAAGUCGGCGGUAAGCAGCUUCCAAUAUCUUCGAAGGUGUUCUCUACUGCCGGGACGGUGCUUGAUUCCGGCACAGUGAUCAGCAGAUUGCCUCCAUCGGCCUAUGCCGCCCUUCAGUCGGCAUUCCGUAAGCAGAUGACCAGGUACAAGAUGGUGCCGGCUCUGUCGAUACUGGACACAUGCUAUGAUUUCACAGGCUAUGACACGGUGUGGGUGCCGACGGUGGCGCUGAUGUUUGGAGGCGGGACUACCCUUAACGUCGACUUCUCCGGCAUACUAUACGUGCCCAACGUUUCGCAGGCGUGCCUGGCGUUCGCCCCCAAUGGCGAUGCCAAGGACUUUGGCAUCAUCGGCAACGCGCAGCAGAAGCGGUUUAAUGUGGUUUAUGACAUCGCAAAUAGAAGAAUUGGGUUUGGCGCCAACGGUUGUAAUUAAUUGGUCGAACACAAUGGUUGGGAGCAUGAUAGAUUAACUGAUUGAUCAAGCAACCAGGAGAGAAGAAAAAGAAAUUAAGAGCUCAUCGUAAGAAAACAGAACAAAAAGAGAACCGGCCUAGUGUAGGACGAAAUAGUCCCUCUACUUAAUUAUUCAAGAAAAAAAUAGCAUGAUUAUAGUCGUGCUAAUUUAUCUUUGGCAUGAUAAAAACUGGAUCUUGAUUUGAGCUCGUCCU